AUGUCUCUAAGCCAAUCAACUGUGUUACAACUCUACCACAGUGUUAUUGAAGAUGUUGUAACAAAUGUAAGGGAAUCUUUCUUAGAUGAUGGGGUUGACGAACAAGUUUUACAGGAGCUAAAACAAAUAUGGGAGUCUAAGUUGCAAUCUACUAAAGCUGUAGAACUAACUCCCGAACCCCAAGAACCCCAAAAUGUAGGUAUGGCAAGAAGUGGUGGUAUUAAAUUAGGUGGUGUAAAGCGACCUGCUGGUCCAUCAGGAGAUGCAGAAGAACAUAGUAGUAAUCAAGCUAUUGCAACUGAUGAUCAAUCCAUAGGAGCUUUUCGUUCUGAAAAACUUUUCCCAGUUCAAAUUACUUUGCCUGCUCAGCAGGGAUCUGGAGAAACUGGUCCAAGAGUUUUGACCAUUCAAGUCCCUGAAUCUGCAAUUACUGGAAAUCAUUUGCAAGCUGUUUUAACUGGACCCCUUAUUGGUGCAACACUAGCUCUUCCUACUGCAUUAGCCACAUCAGUUCUUCAGCAACAUGUAACUGCUGCUCUUAGAGGUCAACAAACGGGAAGUUUGCUUGCUUCCAGGCCCUUUAAUGUUCAGCAAGAUAAUAGUACAGCAAGUCAAGUAGAUGGAACUUUUGACUCAAAUUUUUUAAAAUCAUUACCAUUAGCCGAUAAAGGUCCAGCUCAUGUUGUAGUAAGAACUGGUCUUUUUAAAUAUUCAAUUGAAACUGUUACAUCUUCCAAAUAUCCAGAGUCUGUAAGGCAAGUAGAUGGAGGGAUAGACACGUCAGAUGAAGACGAUGAUGAUAUCGAUGAUGAAGAAGAAGAAAAAGAGGAGGAAGAAGAGAAAGAUGAAGAGCCGGAAAAUUUAGAAGGAGCCGUUGAAGAGGAGCCAUUGAAUUCUGGAGAUGACGUGAGCGAUGAAGACGUGUCUGAUCUUUUUGACACCGAUAACGUUGUUGUUUGCCAAUUUGAUAAAAUUACAAGAAGUAGAAAUAAAUGGAAAUUUUAUUUAAAAGACGGUAUUAUGAAUCUUUCGGGAAAAGAUUUUGUUUUUCAAAGGUCUAACGGAGAUGCCGAAUGGUAA